UUCCGGUCCACUGUACCAAUUUUUCAUUGAUAAGUAUAAUUGUUUAACUUUAAUUUGUUAGAAUCAUGGGAUAUAAAUGUGCGUUGUUCACAUAGCACAUAAAGAAUCAGUGAUUCACAAAUAUCAAGGUUGUCCGAUUCUCGUCUUAAUGUGUGAGCAUUCGUCAAAGUGCUAGUCGAGGGCUUCUAAGGGUGAAGGUCACCGCAGGGCAGAUAAGAGGUCAUAUUUCCAGAUAAGGACCUCUCCGGAAAUCAUUCUAGAAAACCGUGCCAUAUAUUGUAUACUUUUAUAAGAUGGUUCCAGCUAGGUGCCAAAAUAUGUUGGUGGUUUUAAUUGUUACAACGAUACUUUUUGUUGGAGAUGUGUCUGCUGCAUCAAAUUUGACUUCCACAAUUAAUGCUCUAUUCCAUAAACUUCAAAAUAUGCAGACAACAAGGUAUAACCCAGCAGUGCCACCAUUAGUAUGGGCAAAGUUUCCCGGAUCCUACGAAAGUGAUGUUAAAAUGUACUUCCAUGGAGAUCCGGUGGAUUCUACCCUUCGGUAUUCCUUUGGAGUUUUCGAUAAUAAUAUGUUCGCGACAGCAUGGGUAACAACGUGUCUCUUGGAAGCGUACAAUUUUGGAAAGGCGCCAAAACCAACUGCUCAGAUGCUGGAUUUGUCCAUCAACUUUAUCAUGGAUCAUCAUAAUAAAAACCUAAACUAUACAAAUUCCAUAAUGGCGUUCUGGCCACAAAUUUACAAUGAACAAGCAAAGGGAUAUGUAAGUACACCAGUCAACCUACUGGAUCUCUUCAACUCCACUUACCUUAUAGACUGGGAGCCUGUAUACGAGGAGCUGGAUAAACUAGGUCUCCAUCACGUGACAGAAACCAUCAAAAGACUUCUAGCAACAAGGGAAGGUUACAAGCGGGUAUUUCAGAUUCCACCAGAUUUCGACGACACGUCUGUUAAUCUUGGAUUGGGUUCCUUACUGAAGGACUUUAUCUCUGAAUUCCCCGACUCUGCUGUACUGUGGCAGUCUAGAAACACAAACCUGUCUUCCAUUUUUACAGCCUUGAAACACUACGCCUACAAACCAACCACCAAUGACACCAGAAUCAACACAAUAGAUACACGCACGUACUUCUACAUGAGGAGGUUCCUAGAGGAUGCGAAAGCUAAAAACAAGAGUCUGUCAUUAGUUACGACAUGG